CAAUUUGUCUAAUAAGAUUCUGGAUUGGUUAAUGUGAUCUUUUCAACUUGAAUCGAGUUAUCAGUGAGCUGAUCUCACAGUUUUUUCUAGUGUUUGGAGAGAUGGAAAUGGGGAAGAAGAUGAAGUUGCAUAGAGAUCUAGUCCCAUUGACAGUUCUUGCUAGCAUGGAAUGCUUGAAUGUUGGACUGAAUACUCUGUUCAAGGCAGCAACUCUUCAUGGGAUGAAUCAUAGGAUCUUUAUGGUCUAUGUUUAUGGUGUUGCUUCUCUUAUUCUUCUUCCUUCUCCUUUCAUCUCUCACAGAUCGAAAAAGGGUCUUCCUCCUGUUAGAUUCUCCCUAAUCUGGAAAGUAUUCCUUCUUGGGGUUAUUGGGUGUGUGUCGCAGGAGAUGGGUUAUGCAGGAAUCAAUUACAGUUCUCCGACUCUUGCUUCUGCCAUGAGUAAUCUCAUUCCUGCUUUCACUUUCAUCCUUGCCACCACCUUCAAGAUGGAAAAGGUUGCGCUAAAGAGCAGGAGCAGUCAGGCGAAAAUACUAGGAACAAUUGUAUCAUUAAUGGGUGCUUUUGUGGUCACUCUGUACAAGGGACCGGCAGUCAUAAUGACUGGUUGGUCGUCUACAGACCAGAUUCCGUCCAAUUGGGUCAUUGGUGGCAUUUGUCUCAUGGCUCAGAAUAUCAUGAUUCCAAUUUGCUACAUUCUUCAGAGUCAUAUCAUGAAGGAGUACAAAGAUGAAAAAACCAUCCUUUUCUUCUACAAUUUAUGUGUUACAAUCUUAGCCGCAUUGGUGGGUCUGGUUACCGAAAGGGAUGUGAAUGCUUGGAGGAGUCCGAUUGGACUCAGUAUCGGACUCGCCUCCGUGCUCUGCUCGGGAGUGUUUGGAUCAUUUUUGAACAAUGUGGUACAUUCAUGGGCAUUAAAGAAGAAAGGGCCUGUUUAUGUCACCAUGUUCAAGCCAUUAUCGAUUGCAUUUGCGGUGGCCAUGGGAAUGAUCCUCCUUGGUGAUACUCUGUAUCUUGGGAGUAUUAUAGGAGCAAUAGUGAUAUUGGUUGGGUUUUACAUAGUUAUGUGGGGAAAAGCUAGGGAAGAGAUAAGAGAGGUUUCCGAGAUUAGCGACGACAUCGAGUCUCCCUCCAAGGACAAUAAACUUCCUCUUCUUAAGGAUAACGAAAAACUACCUCUUCUUAAGGACAACGAAAAACUACCUGUUCUUAAGGACAGCGAAAAACCCUCAUCUGAGGAAGAAGAAGAAAAAAUAUAGAGAUUUUAACAAUCUCGUAUGAAUCAAAUUAUAUGUUCUUACGUGCUAAGUUUUAAACAAGUUGAAUGUUUUCAUAAAAAAAAAAUGAAGUUCAAUUCCACAUCAAACUCUUAAUUUAGAGUUUUGAGUGUUAAUUGUUCUUUUUCAUUUUUAUGUUUGUAAUUUGUUGUUGUUAUUUUAAUUAAUGACUACUUGUAUU